GACCAAACCGCCCUGCACGGUGACCACCGCUACGGUAUCCACCCGGUCGGGCAAGAUGGGCCCUUCAUCAACUUCGAGUUCGGUGGCUUCGGCCAUUUCCACUCGAUCCCGCCUGGCUUCGCCGCCAUCUUCUUCCGCCAUGAAGAUUGCCUUCAAGAGGGCUCAGGAGGAAUCCAGACGGGCUCAAUCUGACUCGGCAGCUGUGUCGACCCACCUUCCCCGACGGAUAAUAUUCGGGCUUUCUCCGACCAGAUGGUCAGAAUGGCAGACGCUCUGGGGAUGGAAAUUAAACAAACUUCAAAGGCCGUUACCGACCCCGUUUUCAAGAGGGUUCAAGCCCAAGCCCCGCCAGCCACCUUGCUGCCUUUUCUUCCAUACCUCCUGGACGUCAUCCAGGCAUCUUGGAAGACUCCAUCUUUGAUACCUCCAACCUCUAAGAAAAUAGAGGCCUGGUACCGAACCGAUGACGAAGCCUUGGAAUGGCUCAAGCAUCACCCUGACCCAAACUCCAUGGUGGUAAAGGCCUCCCAAUCGUCGGGUCGACACUCCAACUCCCCUGCCGACAGAGAGGGCAAACGCUUCGAUGCGGUAGGCCGCAAGCUGUACUCCGGUGCUCUCCUCCUUUGCCGUAUGGCAAACUACGGGGCCUGCAUGGGCGCUUAUCAACAGAUCCUCUGGGAGAAAGCCCAACCCUUCUUCGCCAAGCUUUCUGACGAAGACCGGUCAGUCCUUUCGACCCUCCAACAGGAGGCGGACUCUCUCGCACACCACCAAAUUCAAAUGGCUAAGCAUACCGGUGAUACCGCCGGAAAAAUGAUUGCCCACGCGGUCGCGAUCAGACGGCAUGCAUGGCUUCGGUCCUCAGGACUCUCUUCUUCCUCUCGACAAGUGAUCGAAGACCUUCCUUUUGACACCCAGGGCCUUUUCAAUUCUGGCACUGAUGACAAACUUAAGUCCAAUCACGACUUCAAGAUUCUCGCAACAAAGUGCGGGACCGAUCAACCUCAGGCUCAGCGGACCCGAUGGUUCCCGCAACGGUACCGUCGCUACCCUCAGCCUUUUCGUCACCAGCCGUUUCGACGCUCGUCGAGCUCGAGUCACCACAGUCAUCAGCAACAACCUCGCCGCCAGCACCAGGUCCCGAAAGGUCGGGGCAAAGGUCCUGCAGCUAUGCCACAACCCCAACGACGGGCCUGACGCCCACUCUCUCGGGGAUCUUUCUAUCUCCACUACUACUGCCACUACCAUGCCGUUCCUAGGCCCCGACCAGAUCCUUCCUCUCUGUUCUUUUCUCGACCGCCUAGCUCCUUUCUACCGCGAAUAGGAGUCUAUCACCUCAGAUGCCUGGGUUCUUCGCAUUGUCAGAGACGGCUAUGCCUUGGAAUUCGAAACUUUGCCACCCACGGGUCACAUCCUCCACACCGACCCUUCACCGGAAAUAUGCGCCGAGAUCGACUCCCUUCUGGCGAAGGGCGCAAUCCAGCCUUCUCCUUCCGAGCAGGACACUCGAGGUUUCUUCUCGAGAUACUUUACGGUUCCCAAGCGGGGCGGAGGUCUUCGGCCUAUCCUCGACCUACGGGCUCUAAACCUCUUCAUUCUGCCUUCAAAAUUUCGAAUGGUUUCAGUGGCCUCCAUCCUCCCGAUGCUCCGACACGGAGACUACUUCGCCUCUAUAGACUUACGCGACGCGUAUUUCCACGUCUCGGUGCGUCGAUCCCACAGACGCUUCCUUUCCUUCAAGCUCCUGGGACACUCUUACCAGUUCACAGUUCUCCCUUUCGGCCUCGUCACGGCCCCAAGGGUCUUUACAAAGGUGGUUGCCGUGGUGGCAGCGCACCU